AUGGAUUUAAAGAAUUUAAUUGGGAAAUUUAUAAUUAAUUCAAAUAAUAAAAUUUCUAUCCAGAUCGAUAAUAACCCACCUGUAACUUACGAUAAGCUUAAUCCAGAGUCAACACUUAAAGAAGUGCGAGAAAAACUAUCAAACUCUGAGGAACAAAAAACUCACAUUUAUGAAUAUAUGAACUUUGUUGGUCCGUAUGGAAUAAUUUUACGUGAUCAAGAAAGCAAUGAAUUACUGAAAGAAAACUUACACUGUGGUUAUAUUUUAAGGGUUGAAAGGUCAAUUGAUCCCAACAUUAGUGAAACUACACAGAGAUGUAUGCUAAAUUAUGGAAUAAAAAUGACAGAGGACGGGCCUAAAAAUGUUAGUGAGAUAGCAUUUGAAUUUCAUCAAGAUAUUACUCAAAGUGUCAAGAUGAGGAAAUUUUUCGCUGAAUAUAAAUAUGAAGGGACAUGUAUAAAUAAACACGAGAAUUUCUUACGCAAAAAUUUAGUGGCAGAAGGGAAAAUCUCAAUAGCUAUGCCAUCACAAUCAUCCGUCGGUUUUACAAUUUUGCAUGGUAGUCAAACUAAUAAUACAUAUAACACAGAAUUUUCUUCUAAAUAUAAUAUAAGAUUAUUUUCGAGGUACGAAAUAGAAAUUGAUAUUAAGAAAGUACAACCAACCGAAAUUUUUAUACAGGAAGUAAAUUCUGCUUUGCAAAGUAAUAAUCCUGUAAAUGAACUCAAAAGGGUGUGCGAAAAGUUCGGAGAAUGUAUAGCUAGCAAAGUUAAAAUCGGCGGAAGAAUACAUAAAAUCGAAUAUUACAAUAUGUCAAGCUCAUCACGACAAAUCUCAACAACUAUGUCUGCCGAUAUAAAUAUCGGAUCGAACCUUGUUGGUAGCAUAGGAGGUAGUUAUAGUAAUGUAAAUGGACAUAACGUAUCUUCAUCUACGUCAAAUGAUAAAAUAUACAUUCGUUUUUAUGGAGGAGAUGAAAAUAAAUUUAAAGAAGAUAACAUAGUCUUAUGGCAAGACUCUUUAGAAGACUAUACCACCUGGCAAGUUAUAGAAUAUACUGAAUUGAUUCCAAUAUUCGAUGUUCUAAACUCAGAACUUCGCCAAAAAGUUCUUGAAGCAAUGGGACAAAAAGUUCUUUAUAGUAAAAUAGACUCAGUUGAUGUUGUCAUGUCAUCAUCUAAAUUUUCAUAUGAGCAUAAGCUAAGCAUACCAUCGAAUCUAAGCUAUGUAGAUCUAAAAGAGUGCCAAAUUUUUGCAUCCGUUAUGAAUGCUACGAACAAGAAUAAGAAUAAAAAUAAAAAAGUAUUUUCUACACGUAUUAUCUUAUAUACAUCAAAUAAUUCUGCUAGCGUAGUUCUUCAUCGAAUCCAUAAAAAAUCAAAGAAAUCAAAGAAAUCAAAGAAAAAGAAGG